GUGGUGACCUUCGGUGCAGCUCUGACUGCAUGCGAGAGGGGCGGCCAGUGGUUGCGUGCACUUUGUCUUUGCCAGUGCCUUCCUAGCGCAGCCCUGCAAGGAAACGUGGUGACCUACAGUGCCACAGCGUCUGCUUGCGCAGACGUCUCUCAGUGGUCUGCAGCCUGCCAGCUCUUCAAUGACAUGGAGCACGUUUCCGUGCAAGCCAACACCAUGACCUUUGGUGCAGUCCUUGGUGCCGCC